GCAUUCUGUUCUGAUGGUUGCCAUGACAACGUUAUUAAUGGAUGAUUUAAAUUAAUUUUGGGUUAGUUGCAUGCUUUUGUACUCAACCAGAAAUCAUGAUUAUUGGAAAAAGAAGAGAAUUCCGUACGUGAAGCCACUGCCUUUGAUUGGAACUGUGCUUGACACGAUGAGAAAACCGCUUUAUGAAGUCGAAUGUGAACGAUAUAAUGAAUUAGGUCCCAUAUAUGGCUACUAUGAAGCAAACAAUCCGGUACUUACUGUGGGUGAUCCAGUUCUAUUGAAAGAUAUCCUAGUGAAGGAUUUUUUCUCCUUUACUGGAAGAAGAAUCAUUUCUACCGGUGACAAAGUAAUCGACAACAUGUUGACUGCACUUCGUGGUGAAGACUGGAAACGAGUGAGAACCAUUGUCACGCCCACUUUUACAACAGGAAAAUUAAAGAGAAUGCUGACCAUUUUUAAGGACUGCGCUACUACACUUAUGAAUAAUUUCAAAUAUUUGGCCAAAGAAGGAAGACCAAUUGAUGUUAAGAGAAUAUACGGUGCAUUCACAAUGGACGUAAUCGCUAGUUCGGCAUUCUCCAGCAAAAUUGAUUCCCACAAUGAUCCAGACAAUAGGUUUGUCCCAGCGGCUAAGGAAGUUUUCAACCAAAAACUUGGUUUGAGACUGUUGUUGUUUCUUAUAGCUCCACGACUCAUGAAGCUAUUAAGGAUCAGUCUCUUUACUUCGGAUGCCACGGAUUUCUUUCGAGAUAUAACGCUUCAGAUAAUAGAAGAAAGAAAAAGAACGGGACAGGUUCGGAAUGACUUUCUUCAGCUCUUGAUGGACACGGCGAAAGAGAUUGGUAAGGAAGAGCAAAAGUGCGAGAAAGAGACAGAGGACAUCGUGUCAAACUAUGAAGAGCACAGUGCUGGACAUCACAUCUUCAAAGCUAUGACUAUGAAAAGUCUUUCAUCAGACGAACUUGUGGCUCAAAGUGUGAUUUUCUUCACUGCCGGGUAUGACACUACUUCAUCCACUUUAUCGUUUGCGACUUAUCAGUUGGCUUUGAAUCCGGACAUACAAGAUACGCUAAGGGAGGAAGUGGACUUGAUAUUGCAAGAAAAAAAUGGCGAACUGACUUACGAAGCUAUACAGAAAAUGAAAUACCUGGACAAUGUUAUAUCUGAAACCUUAAGACUCUAUCCGAUAGUUGUCAAACUGGAGCGUUAUUCAGAUACUGACUACAAAUUGGGGGACACAGGGAUACUGAUUCCCAAAGGUAUGAUUCUGUCCAUUCCCGUCAUCGCCAUGCACAGGGAUCCCAGACUUUGGCCAGAUCCCGAAAGAUUUGAUCCAGACAGAUUCACAUCAGAAGCAAAAGCCAAACGAGAUCCUUAUUCAUAUCUCCCGUUCGGGGCCGGACCCAGGAACUGUGUGGGAAUGCGGUUCGCUCUCAUGCAGAUAAAAGUCUGCCUUGCUCUCAUUAUUGCCAACUUCAAGAUCAACAGAUGUUCAGAAACAAAAGUUCCUUUGGAAUUCCAUUUGGGUCAACAAGGAGUUCUGCAACCAAAAGAAAUCGUAGUUUCGAUGGAAAUCAAAGAAGACAGCUUUUUAAACAGAUGAA